UUUUGUUAGUUUUUACUGACAAAAAGAUGGAUGAUUAUCUAAAUUUGUUGCAUGAAUAUUCCCACCAAGCUUUAUAUUAAUGUUUCCAAUUUCUGUGAAUGUUUGUGAAACUUUCCUGGAGAUGAUGCCUUUGUACGUUCACCCCUCAAUGUCUCUAAGAGACAGUUUAGGCAGGAAUUGUGUUAUAAAGACAAGGAAGACUUUUCAUUUUGUUUUUAUUAAUCUCCUGGCAAUGAUCAGUGGAAUUCUUUCCACAUCUGAUACAAUACAUGAAGUAAUACUUGCGUAGGCAUUAACCUUUCUCUUUCAAGAAUAGGCUGUAGAUAUGCCCAAGCAGGACCAUUCUGGACUUGGUUUCCACCUAUGCUUACCUUCUCCAGGCUGUGAUCUGUACAAUAUAUUUUUUCUGGUGUUUCCCUACAUCCUCUUCCCAUAUACUGUUGAGCUCCUUAGGUAUCCUGGGCCACAUAGCAACCUUCCUCUAUGCUGAAUCCCAUGCUAAAUUCCACAUCCACUCCUUUUCAGGCAUGUCUCCAGAUUACGUGGAUUCCUGACUGGUGUUUCAUCAACAUACUAGUUACAGUCUCCUGGACAGUCUUCUCAUCUGCAAGUUAAUAAAAUAACCUGAAUCGGUAUCAGAAGAACCAAAGUCCAUGUGAUAAUCAAGCUCUAAAGCUGCGUAAUAAAUAUAGUUAUUUCAAAAAUUUUCAGCUUUCUUCAUAAGAACUGCAUUAGGACAGAUGUCUUUUAUAGGAGUGAAGAAAUUGUUUGGGUACAGUAAAGUUCAGUUUGCUGUUCCACAUCCGUUUCAUGAGUGAGGGCUCCCCGUGCUGGGAUCACUAAAUACGAUUGGGGAGGAAUCAUCAAGAUCUUCUAGUAGUUGCAACAAACUGCAAAGAAUAUGUGGUCUGUGGUGGACAAAUUACUGGCAGGAGGAAAAAGAAAAAGGCAUGAACUGUAAAAAAUUAUUUGUCACUUCACUGGCAUCUGAGUCAGGUUUGCUGGUCCUCUGAUACAUUUCAGAAUGCCGCUGGUAAAAAGGAACAUAGACCCCAGGCACCUGUGCCACACAGCUCUGCCUCGGGGUAUCAAGAAUGAAUUGGAAUGUGUCACUAAUAUCUCCUUGGCAAAUAUAAUCAGACAACUGAGUAGCCUAAGUAAAUAUGCUGAAGAUAUAUUUGGUGAACUUUUUAAUGAAGCACACAGUUUCUCAUUUAGAGUCAACUCCUUACAAGAACGUGUAGACCGUUUAUCUGUCAGUGUUACACAACUCGAUCCAAAGGAAGAGGAAUUGUCACUGCAGGACAUUACAAUGAGGAAAGCUUUCCGGAGUUCCACAAUUCAAGAUCAACAGCUGUUUGACCGCAAAACUCUGCCUAUUCCUUUGCAAGAAACUUACGACAUUUGUGAACAACCUCCUCCACUUAACAUUCUCACCCCUUACAGGGAUGAUGGAAAAGAGGGUUUGAAGUUUUAUACCAAUCCUUCAUACUUCUUUGAUCUGUGGAAGGAAAAAAUGUUGCAGGACACUGAGGACAAAAGAAAAGAAAAGAGGAAGCAGAAGCAGAAAAACCUGGAUCGGCCUCAUGAACCAGAAAAAGUGCCAAGGGCACCUCACGACAGACGGAGAGAGUGGCAGAAGUUAGCCCAGGGUCCGGAGCUCGCAGAAGAUGAUGCUAACCUCUUACAUAAGCACAUUGAAGUUGCUAAUGGCCCAGCUUCACAUUUCGAAUCAAGAUCUCAAGCAUACGUGGACCAUUUGGAUGGAUCGUACUCGCUUUCUGCAUUGCCCUAUAGUCAGAUGUCAGAACUUCUGAACAGAGCUGAGGAGCGAGUGUUGGUCAGACCACACGAGCCACCACCGCCGCCUCCGAUGCACGGAGCAGGAGAGGUGAAACCUGUGCCUCCUUGUGUCAGUUCUACUACUGGCUUGGUAGAAAAUCGUCCUCAGUCACCAGCAACAGGCAGAACACCAGUGUUUGUGAGCCCCACUCCUCCUCCUCCACCACCACCACCUCUUCCAUCUGCUUUGUCAACUUCAUCAUUAAGAGCUGCAAUGACUUCCACCCCUCCACCCCCGGUCCCACCGCCACCACCACCUCCCACAGCUGCCCUGCAGGCCCCAGCUGUGCCACCUCCACCAGCUCCUCUCCAGAUAGCUCCUGGAGUCCUACAUCCAGCUCCACCUCCAAUUGCUCCUCCCCUAGCACAACCCUCUCCUCCUGUCACUAGAGCUGCCCAAGUGUGUGAAGCUGUACCCGUUCACCCAGUUCCUCCACAAGCUGAAGUACAGGGACUUCCUCCACCACCACCACCUCCUCCCUUGCCUCCUCCUGGCAUUCGGCCUUCCUCUCCUGUCACAGUUGCAGCCCUUUCUCACCCUCCUCCUGUUCUGCAUCCUCCUCCCACAACCAUUGUCCCUGCACCUCAUGCACCCCUAAUGCCUCCAUCUCCACCAUCCCAAGUGAUUCCUGCUCCUGAGCCCAAACGCCAUCCUUCAACUCUUCCUGUAAUCAGUGAUGCUAGAAGUGUUCUGCUGGAGGCGAUACGGAAAGGUAUCCAGCUACGCAAAGUUGAGGAGCAGCGCGAACAAGAAGCUAAGCACGAGCGCAUUGAGAAUGAUGUUGCUACUAUACUUUCCCGUCGCAUUGCUGUGGAAUACAGUGAUUCAGAAGAUGAUUCAGAGUUUGAUGAAGUGGAUUGGUUAGAGUAAAAUUAUUACGUUGCUGUACACUGCAAAAUCGAAUGCUAAUGUCCAUUGUGGUGCUUGUUCUUUGAAAGUUUGAUGGUCAUUUCUAGUGUUUUUUGUAUUCUUUUCUUUACAUAAUUAAUCCAUGUUUUUCUACUUUUUGGUUUACAAAAAGCUCCUAGUGCAUCUUUGAAACUAAAUGUUUUACAGUGGCUUUUCUUACACAUCUUUUUUGAAAGAACAUACUUUGUUCCAAUAGACCACUAAGUAUUAAGCAUGGGCAGCUGUUGGUAGAGUAGCAAUUUCAAUUUUUUGGCAUAUCUUAACUGUGCACUUUGUGAAUUUUAAGUUAAUGAAGGCAACUGAAAUUGACAUUCCAAGGGCAGCUGUAUGUACUAAUGAGCCUUAUUCCACUUCUGAUAGUGUUUUAAAACAUUAAACCUAGCUAUCAAGAUAUCACUGCCUCGAUUACAUCUGCACACUAAAAGUACAUAUAGUUAGCAGCACUGAACACACUGAAAGGAAAACGGAUCUUUGGGGGGGGUUAUUAUUGUUUUAUUGUUGUUUUUAAAUAAUUAUGGCCUUAUUUGAAUGUUUAGAGAUUCCCCUUCCCUUCUUCCCUCCCAGGUACAUAUUGUGUGGUACUAUUUUUGCCUGCAUAAUAGACGUUUAAAUUUUUUUUUUUCCUUGUGAAAUCUUUUGACUUAAACAUGCUGUGUAACUUAAGUAAAUGUUAAAAUAACAGUUUGAUUUAAUAAAUGGUUCAUUUUAAAUGUU